AGAGGGCGGGCGAGCGAGCGAGCGCGGCGGGGAGAUGUGCCCGGAGGAAGGCGGCGCGGCCGGGCUGGGCGAGCUCCGCUCCUGGUGGGAAGUCCCGGCCAUCGCGCACUUCUGCUCGCUCUUUCGCACGGCGUUCCGCCUGCCGGACUUCGAGAUCGAGGAGUUAGAGGCAGCUCUUCACAGAGAUGACGUGGAUUUUAUCAGUGAUCUGAUUGCCUGCCUGCUUCAAGGCUGUUACCAGCGAAGAGACAUCACGCCUCAGACAUUCCACAGCUACCUGGAAGAUAUCAUCAACUACCGCUGGGAGCUUGAAGAAGGAAAGCCCAAUCCUCUGAGAGAAGCCAGUUUCCAAGACCUUCCUCUGCGUACUCGAGUGGAGAUCCUGCAUCGCCUCUGUGAUUACCGGCUUGAUGCGGAUGAUGUCUUUGAUCUUCUCAAGGGUCUGGAUGCAGACAGUCUCCGAGUUGAACCUCUGGGUGAAGACAAUUCAGGUGCCCUCUAUUGGUACUUUUAUGGGACACGAAUGUACAAAGAAGACCCAGUACAAGGAAGAUCCAAUGGAGAACUCUCUUUGAGCAGGGAAAGUGAAAGGCAAAAAAAUGUCUCAAAUGUUCCUGGAAAAACAGGCAAAAGAAGAGGAAGGCCUCCAAAACGAAAAAAACUACAGGAGGAGAUUAUAUCCAGUGAAAAGCAGGAAGAAAACUCCUUGACAUCUGACCUACAGACAAGAAAUGGAUCCAGAGGGCCAGGCCAAGGUACUUGGUGGCUCCUGUGUCAAACAGAAGAAGAAUGGAGACAGGUCACUGAGAGCUUCCGAGAGAGGACCUCUCUCAGAGAGCGGCAACUCUACAAGCUCCUCAGCGAGGACUUCCUGCCUGAAAUCUGCAACAUGAUUGCCCAGAAGGGAAAACGUCCACAGCGCACAAAGCCAGAGUUGCAACAUAGGUUUAUGUCUGACCACCUGUCCAUCAAAUCCACCAAGCUAGAGGAGACACCCAUGCUCACCAAGAUAGAAAAACAGAAGCGCAAGGAGGAGGAGGAAGAACGACAGCUCCUUCUUGCAGUGCAGAAGAAGGAGCAAGAGCAGAUGUUAAAGGAGGAGAGAAAGCGGGAAUUGGAGGAAAAGGUCAAGGCAGUGGAAGAUCGAGCUAAGAGGAGAAAGCUCAGGGAAGAACGAGCGUGGCUAUUGGCUCAAGGCAAGGAGCUACCCCCAGAACUUUCCCAUUUGGACCUGAAUUCUCCCAUGAGGGAAGGAAAGAAGACCAAGGACAUCUUUGAACUGGAUGACGAUUUCACAGCCAUGUAUAAAGUUCUAGAUGUGGUGAAGGCUCACAAGGAUUCCUGGCCCUUCUUGGAACCUGUGGAUGAAUCUUAUGCCCCCAACUAUUACCAGAUUAUUAAGAUCCCCAUGGAUAUUUCAAGCAUGGAGAAGAAAUUAAAUGGAGGUUUAUAUUGUACCAAGGAGGAAUUUGUAAAUGACAUGAAGACCAUGUUCAGAAAUUGCCGAAAGUACAAUGGGGACAGUAGUGAAUAUACCAAGAUGUCUGAAAAUUUAGAGCGUUGUUUCCAUCGGGCCAUGACAAAACAUUUUCCUGGUGAAGAUGGAGACACAGAUGAAGAAUUUUGGAUCAGAGAGGAUGAAAAACGGGAAAAAAGGAGGAGUCGGGCUGGUCGAAGUAGUGGAAGCCAUGUUUGGACACGCUCCAGAGACACAGAAGGGUCCAGCAGGAAACAGCCACCAGUGGAAAAUGGAGGAAAAUCAUUGCCUCCGGCACGCCGAGCUGCCUCCUCAGGGGAUGAUCAGAGUAGCAGUUCUAUACAACUCCCUCCAGAGGUGGGCACAUCAAAUGGCCGAGGCUUUUUCCACCCCCUGCACUAUAGUAGGGUGCCUAGCCAGGCACCCCCUUUAAACCAGAUGAGGCCAGCAGCAUCAGGAACAUUUGGCUCUCUACAAGGAUCAGAUCCCACCAACUUACAUGGCUCCUCUCGAAUCCCAGAGGUGCCUCCAGGAGAGCCCUUGCAGCACCCGCCCUUUGCUAUACAGGCUCCAGUUGGAAUUAGUAACCACCGAGGAUCCCGGCUCAGUGCUCCAGAAGAGAAGAUGUGUGGGGGGCUGACACACCUUUCCAAUAUGGGAUCACAUGUCCCAUCCUUGCAGCUUGGGCAGAUGAAUUGUAACAGUCAAGAUGGAAACAUAUAUCCACCAGCUCCAUUCCAGGCAGGAUUUAUUCCUUCUCGGCAUGGUGGGACUCCAGCCCGACCACCAGACUUUCCUGAAAGCUCUGAAAUUCCUCCCAGUCACAUUUAUCACUCAUACAAGUAUCUGAAUCGAGUACACCCUGCUGUUUGGAAUGGGAACCAUGGUACUACAAACCCUGGACGAUUGGGGCCAGAUGAGAAGCCCCACGUGGGGCCAGGAGCCUCUCACCACCCUCAUGCCCUUGGUCAUAUGAUGGAUGGCCGAGUGAUGAGACAACCUAUUCCACCAAACCAGUGGACUAAACAAUCAAGCUUUCUACCUCCCGGAGUUCCUUCCUCGGGGUAUAUGCAGCCACCCUGUAAGUCUGCUGGACAUCGAUUGCAGCCUCCUCCAACUCCAGCACCAAGUCCUCGGUUCAGAGGACCCUCCCAGGCCCUGCGGGGGGCACAAGGAGGGGAAUCCAUGAUGGACAGCCCUGAGAUGAUUGCCAUGCAGCAGCUCUCCUCCCGAGUCUGUCCCCCGGGUGUGCCUUACCACCCCCGCCAGCCCACUCCUCCCCAGUUACCUGGUCCCUUUCCGCAGGUAGCUCAUUCUGCAUCAGUAUGUGUGUCAGCGCCCAAGCCUGCGCUAGACAACCCUGGGAGUACACAGGAGAUCAGCGAGACACAAGAGCCUGAAGGUGACCGAGCAGAGCCUGUGCCUGGACUUGAGGAGAAAGCAGCAAGCAUUUGUUCUUCAGAAGGGCUAUACCUCAAACAGCUACCUCACCCAGCACCUCCCUUGUCAGCCAGCUGUACCAGGCAAAGUUCACCACAUGAAAGGGAAACAGAGGACUCCCAACUCAAAAGUGAUGCUUCAGACUCUGCAGACACUUACAAAGCAUCAAAGAAUAAAAACCCUUGGCCUUUGGACAAUAGCUACAACAGCCCAGCUGUGCAAGGAGCGCUCCAUGGUGGCAGAGACCUCGCCAUAGUGACAGAAAGAGGGAAUCUACCUGAAAAUGGGGUUGUUGAUGAGGCAUCUCCCUGUAGAUCAGAGGGGAAGGGCCUUGGUGGUAGCGGUUCAGAAAAGCCACUCUGCCCCAGGGGUAAAACAUUGCAAGAAACCGUUCCAUGUACAGGACAGAAUGCAACUACACCUCCUUGCACAGAUCCCAAUUUGAUGGCAGGCACUGUGAACCAGUUUUCUCCCUUAUACAUGCCUGGCAUAGAAUACUCUAACUCAGCUACACAUUACCCUAUGAGUUCAAGCUUGCAAGGCUUGGGCUCUAUGAUGGGAGCAAAGUCCCCAGGAUCACAGCCUCAGUCCUUCUCUCCCAGGGGUUUCCAGGCUAACGGUCCCCAUCCUGGACUCUUUCCCCGGUACCGCCCCCAACAGGGAAUGAGAUAUUCCUACCAGCCUUCUUCUCAGCCUUCCUACCACCCCUAUCAGCGGACUCCUUAUUAUACAUGUCCACAGGGCUUUUCUGAUUGGCAGAGAUCUCUCCCUUCCCAGAGAAGCCCAAGUGGACCCCCAGGAAAUCACCCUCCACGUCCCCUCUUCUCAGAUAAGAAUGCCUUGUCUAGUCUGCAAGGUUGUGAGACACUAAAUGCUGCCUUAACUUCACCAACUCAAAUGGAUGCAGUGGCUGCUAAAGUUGUUCCACCUGAUGGACACAAUUCUGGUCCAGAAGAAGAAAAGAUGGAUGAAUCUAUGGAGAGGCCAGAGAGUCCCAAAGAAUUUUUAGAUCUGGACAACCAUAAUGCAGCUACCAAGCGUCAGAGCUCACUGUCCACCAAUGACUAUCUCUAUGGAGCCCCACCACCACCUCUGAGUUCAGGGAUGACUUUUGGUUCAUCCGCUUUCCCACCCCACAGUGUGAUGCUGCAGACAGGGUCUCCGUACACUCCUCAGCGGUCAGCCAGUCAUUUUCAGCCCAGGGCAUAUGCAUCCCCUGUGCCUGCCCAUCCACCUCCCCAUCCAGUGGCUACCCAGCCCAAUGGCCUCUCUCCAGAGGGUCCCCUCUACUGCUGUCAGGAAGAGGGCUUAGGUCACUUUCAGGCUGCGAUGAUGGAGCAGACUGGCACUGGAAGCGGACUAAGAAGCUCAUUUCAAGAUGCACACAGACCGCCAGGAUUGCAAAUGCAUCCAAUCCAGUCACAGUCCUUAUUCCCAAAGACCCCAGCACCUGCAGCAUCACCAGAACAGUUGCCACCACAUAAGGCCCCAACACUUCCUCUGGAUCAGAGCUAGUCCAGGGAGGAGCUAAGCCCCAAGGAAAUGGACGGCUGCACGUGAAGACAGAAGGCCGGCCUGGAGGAUUGGAGGAAUAAUGACUGUUGUACAUCUCUGUCUGUCAUCCUGCUCCACCUCUUUGCUUUGAGUCAAGCCAUCUUCAGAGCUGAACUGCAUAGGCCUUAGGUGCACACUCUUCAGAUGAGUGACAGGCCUGUAGCUGUGGUCAUCUGCACAGCUGACAAACUUAACAAGAGCAAGUGUACCUGGAAUUCUUGCUGGCUUCUCCUAAUCCCAAGACUUUUGUUCAGGGAAAAAUCACUUUAAACUUGGGUGGAGGGUACAUUUAAGGCUGGACUGGUGCUUUUAAACUUUCAUGAGCAGCUAAUCUCAGGUAUAUAUUUGGGGAAGGGACUACUUGUAGUAUUAAUGUUUUUGGAGCUGGGUCCAGUUUACAGAAGUUUCAUGUUGCCUUUUUUAUUAUUAUUUUUAUUAUUUUUUAAUUUUUUUGUGGUGAAUGUAUUGUAUAUAGAGUGGGACAGUCAGGUGGGCAAC